CCGCGGCGUCUUGACGUUAUCGGUGUGCGUCGGCGCACAUGCGCGCGGGGGCUCCCUGCCGGCCCGGCGUGCGGCUGGGGCGGGAGAGAGUUCUUGAAAUGUGGCGCUGACCACCAGCUGGUUACCACCCCCGACUUUCCUUUCCCCCAUGCCUCCCACCAUGGCAGCCCGCUUGGUGCGACGCUGCUGCUGGCGGCACUUCAGUGCCUUCAUCUCUCCCCCCUCGGCAGUCCCAGCUUCUCUGCUGGUACCAGCUGGGAAGGUGGCAGUGGCAAGAGCUCUGCCUCAAGCACCUUUUGCUUCAUUUCAUACUUCGAGCCCUUCCAGCUGGGCAGAUGGAUUCUCGGUUAAAGAGCAGGUGGAGGACACCACCAGAAACCCAGAGCACAGAGUGAUCGUGGAACUUAUUGAAACAGCCACGAGCCCUCAGGACCUCCUCCAGCUGAGCGAGCUCCAUGUUCUUAACAGCAACCAAUCCUCCCUAGUAAUUACUCAACUUUCCCGGCUCGCAGCAGAAAAAAACCUGGAAACUAAGAGCAUUCUGCAGGAUGAACGUUUCCAACAGCUCAUUGGCAUCAUGGAUUCCCAGAUUUCUCAGGUGUGGAAUAACACUUUGGUGAACCUCCUGAAGAGUCUCUACUCUCUGGGGAUGGACAGAAACAGGAGGGAGAUGCAGUCGGUGGAGCAGGAGGUGCUGUGGCGACUGCGACGCCUCACCUUCAAGCAGCUCGCCUCUCUGGCAGAGUUCUUGGUGAUCAGGCUGGGGAAGGAGAGCAGGCUGCUGAAUGAAGUCAUCAAGAAGCUGGAGCUGCGUUGGACGGAGCUUGAGGGCACCCGAACUGUGGUGAUGCUGAUGAGCAAGGUCGGGCACAUCUCCCCAACUCUGAUGGACCGGCUGGAGGACAAGGCUCUGGAGAUUGCUGAGCAGUUCAACUCUGAUGACAUCCGGAAAAUAACACUGGCUCUAGCCUACCAGAACCGGCGCUGCGUGCCUCUGCUCCGAGCCUUGUCCUAUCACCUGAUUCAGAAGCACUCUGAGCUCAGCCUCAACGUCCUGAUGGACCUGAUUUUCGCCUAUGGAAAACUGAAUUUCCACCAGCCCCAGGUCUUCCAGAAGAUAGCCACCGACCUGCACCCCCACGUUGCCACGAUGGCGCCCAUCGAGGUGACGCGCUGCAUCAGAUCCUUCGCCCUCCUCAAGUGGCUCAGCCUGCCACUGUUUGAGGCCAUCGCACAGUAUGCCCUGGACAACACCAAGCAGCUGCCUGUCACCCUCUUGUGCAGUAUCAUCCUGUCUUUUGCUCGCCUCAACUUCCAGCCCAGCGGAAGCGAGGACUUCUUCAGCAUGGUCCACGAGGAACUCCAGGGCCAGCUGAACAGCCUGGAGCCUCACCUGCUGACGGACCUGGUAUGGUCGCUCUGUGUGCUGCAGCAGGCCAAGGCUCCCUACCUGCAGCGAGUGCUGGCGCCUGACUUCUGCGCUCAGAUCCGAGGUGAUCAGUCCCUCAAGGCCCAGAACUUACAAGUGAAGCUCAUUCACAUCAAUGCUGCUGCCAAGCUGGAAAGUCCCGGCUAUCGGGGGCCAUUCCUGCCACCGGAGAUGCUGAGUGCUGCGGAGCCAGCGGGGGAGAAGGUCACCAUGCUGCAGAGCUACCUGCGGGAGGCAUUGGCAGGGGUGCUGGGGAACCAGGAACACGGGCGCUUCGAUGUCAGCACCAUCUACGGCUGGCAGAUCGAUGCCGAGAUGGUGGUGAACAGUGAAAAUAAACCUCUCCCCCUGAAGGACUUUGCUGCUCCCCAUCUGCUCUGCUCAGAAGGGACAAAGCCACUGCCGCCGGGUGCCAGGAGGGUCGCCUUCCUCCGGUGGGAGUUCCCCAACUUCAGCAACAGAAGCAAGGACCUGCUGGGUCGCUACGUCAUGGCCCGGCGCCACAUCCAGGCGGCCGGUUUCCUCGUGGUGGACGUUCCCCACUAUGAGUUCCUGGACCUGAAGCUGGAGCGGCAGCGGACAGCCUACCUCAGAGACAAGCUCAGCAAGGCCACGGCCAAAGCCAUGGCGAGCUAACCACACCGCUCUGCCGGCCUCUCCGGCAACACCUCUGUUGGAAAACCUGUUCAAAUAAAUGCACCGCUGUACAGUGCCACA